AUGAAUCAGCGACUUCUUAUACGGGCCUCUGGGGUUAAAUAUGCCCCUGAGUUGGAUCUCGUUGUGUGUUUUAUCGAGGUGCUCAAACUCCUUAUCAAUGAUGCUCGUGGGAGUGUGCAAAGCCAGUCAAACUCGAUUAUGUCGUAUGAAGUCGACACUAAUGGCAAGACUGAUAGUCUAGACGGCGCCAAGGCUGGUAUCGGGCAGCUAUAG